UCCCAAUUCCCCUUCUCGACUGCCAAGUCCCGAGCGCCGCCGUCCGCCGGCCCGCCGCGCCGGCCUCUAGCUGCUAACUUCCGCCGCCGGCCGGCCUUAGCGCUGGCUGGUUGUUCCAAGGGCUGCACCUGCACGCAACCGUUGCUGUCUGCUGCUGGCCCUUCUUGUGCUGCCGGCGAUUCUUUGAACUGCUGCCGAAGCCUCAAGGGCCGAAGGUCGAAGGAGCAAGCAACUAGCAAGUUUGAAGUCGGCCCCCUCUUGGUUGCUGUCACGCUCCGCUACGCCACUGCUACCCUGUCCAAACCCGUCGCCAAGUCGCCGGCGUCUCUGAUGGAGUCAUUUCCGCCGCAUCCGCUUCCUCCACUGCCUGGGAAUCUCUCCUCUGCUCCGCCGCCACCGCGUCUACAUCAGCAGGCUGGGUCUGCUCCGGCACCGGCAACGCUCCUGGUGCGGCACCUCCCAGAGGCGAUCACACAGGAGAUGCUCUUCGGACUCUUCUCCCGCUACGGCGCCACAUCCGUUCGCCUCUGCGGUGGAAAGAUGAGAAACUGUGCAUUUGUGGAUUUUAGGGACGAGAUGGCGGCCAUUCAGGCGCAGUCUGUGUUGAACAGGUUUAGGGUCCUUGGGAAAGUACUGAUAGUCGAGAGAGCAAACCAGCCAAAUGCCAAGAAUGCGAACGAGAAGCAUCAGGAGGAAUUAGCUCACGGGAUGCCUCAAGUGCCAAGUAUCAAUUCCCGGAAUCAAGAGAAUCCUACAUCAACUGCCGAACCGAUCGCGUCUAGGCUUGGUGUGGACUAUUCAUUUCCUCCUCAUCUUGAGUAUGCAUAUCCACCACCAGAUGGAAACAUAUUGACAAAUAUUGUUAACUCUCUCAUUGCCGUUCCCCGAUUUUACACUCAGGUGUUGCAUUUGAUGAACAAGAUGAACCUUCCAGCUCCAUUUCGGACGGCAUUGCCUACUCCACCUCUACCAUCACAAGUGCCUGCUCCUCCCCCUCCACCACCGCAGCCUUCUAUGACAGAGAAACUUCAUUUGGCUGAUUUGUCUAGUGAUGAGUCUGAGAUGGAGUCUUCUGAUGAAGAUGCUGAUACAAGGAAAGUCAAGCGUGCAAAGCAUGAAGCUAUUGUUGGUCCUGCAGUUGAUAGAAGUAUUGCCCAUGAAUCGGUCGGGGUGAAACCAGCUGCAUUAGUUCCCAAUGAGCUUCAAGUAAUAAAAAAGAAAAACCCAGUACUGCAGAUAAAAAUUGUUCCUAAGGCUGGUUAUAAGGAACUGGCUGAUCGGAGUACUGUCAACAAGGAAUUGGCCUCUAGAGAUGAACAACUUGAAGAAAAAUAUUUUGCCACUCCUCAGGAAAUAGAGAAAGAGAAAUUACCAACAGAGGAGAUUUUGUCCCUUCCCAUGUUCAAGAAUUACACUCCAGGGAAUCCUGCCAGUGUAUUAUAUAUUAAGAACUUGGCAAAAGAUGUCGUUCAUGAUGACUUCUAUUAUGUCUUCGGAUCUGUGUUUGAAAGCAUGGAUGCUGCAAGAUCUGGUUUAAGUAUCAAGUUAAUGCAGGAAGGUCGAAUGCGGGGCCAAGCUUUUGUGACAUUUCCAUCUGUUGAACUUGCUGAACGUGCACUGAAUUUGGCACAUGGUUAUGCGUUCAAGGGCAAACCGAUGAUCAUUCAGUUUGGUAGAAGCCCUGCUGCUACCAAAGCUUCCUAGGAGGUUGCAUUCUUCCCAAAGCUUCCUAGGAGGUUGCAUUUUUUCUGACUCCGAUGUGCUGUAAAGCUGUUAAGAGUUGGCAACCAAGAUUCUCAUUUUUACCUGUGCUGGUGCCGAUGUUGCUGUUAAGUUCUAAGCCGCUCUUGCCGUGUUGCUAGAACUUUAGGUAAGCAAUGGCAUCGGUUAAUUUUGACCUGCUUACCCGUUAGAACAAAUUCUGCAACUAUUCUACGCUAUAUAUGCACACUGCCCUGAAUGGUGUUGGACUGGAA